AUGGAAUUACCAAACAUCACGGCCGUACGAAUUCCUCGAUGGAUCAACACAGAUCUCAAAUCGAAAAAGCAAUUGCAUGCAUUUGCGGACGCGUCACAGACUGGAUAUGGUACGACAUUCUACCUUCGGCAACAACGCGACGACGAACCGGUCACGGUGCACCUGGUAUUCGCGAAAGCACGCGUGGCUCCAGUAAAGGGAAGCACAAUUCCAAAGCUGGAAUUAACAGCAUGCCACUUAACGGCACAACUAUUAGAGGGAGUAAGGUCAGCUCAUGAUGUUGACAUAAACAACUGCACACUCUGGUCAGACUCCAUGAUAGCGCUGCAUUGGAUCGGGAAAUCACCCGCUAAAUUAGAUGUAUUCGUCGGCAACAGAGUCGGAGAAAUCCAGGAGUUAACGUGCGGUGUCGAAUGGAGGCACGUCGACACGAGAAGCAACCCAGCGGAUCUGGCAUCGCGGGGGAUUUCACCAACCGAAAUAGUUGGCAGCAAGUUAUGGUGGAAUGGACCUGAUUGGCUGACUCUCGACACAGAGAAAUGGCCAGAAAGCAAGUUAAAGCUUACCGAAGCCGAUAUCAAAACAGUUCGCUGCCACGAGCGAAAAACUACGGCGAUGGUAAAUGUACACAUCGACAGCAGCGGACCAGUUUCAAAUCACAGAGGAAAUCUGUUGAACCAAUUUAGCAGCUGGUCAAAAUUGUUACGCGUCACAGCGUACGUACUCCGAUUCACGGUGAAAAAGGCGUUCCGAAAGAUGGGGCAGCUCACCGACAAUGAAAUUUUGAACGCUGAAAGAAUUUGGGUGCGACAUAGCCAGAAUGUACAUUUUAACUCAGAAAUCGAAAUAUUGAGCAGAAAGCAAGACCUACCACAAGGGUCACCAUUGUCCAAGUUAACUCCAUUCGUAGACAAUGACGGGAUUCUGCGAUUGGCAGGGAGGAUCAAACGAUCAAAUAUGCCGUACGACACAGUACAUCCAAUAUUACUCAGCGGGAAGUGUACAACGGCCAAAUUGCUGACUGGGCAAGCCCACGGGGCAACGCUACACGGCGGGACGCAGCUCACACAGCAGUACAUUAGGCAGCGAUAUUGGGUUUUGGGCGGCCGGAAGGCGGUGAAAUGCACCAUUUUGAAGUGUAUACCAUGCAUCCGACAGAGGAAAGAAACGCAACAUCAGUUGAUGGCCCAUUUGCCAGAAGAAAGGGUAACACCGGGGCGACCAUUCGAAGUAUCGGCCGUCGACUAUGCCGGACCGGUGAACAUCAAACGAUACAACGCAUCGCGGACGAAAAUAAUCGACAAGGGAUACAUUUCACGACCAUUCUACACCAAUGUAGACACUUAUGACACUUUUCUAGUGUAA